AUGGACGAUACAAAGCUGCGACUUGAGCUGAGAAAGUUCAAGGUUUGCGUGCCUCCAUGUCUCACCGAUGCAGCCAGAUGUCGAUUCAAAGGCAAAUUGCGAAAAAUGCGCGAUGUUGGAGUCGAAUUUUCAGCCGAACUUAUCGAAGCAAUUCACACAGUGGAUAUUCGUGGGCCACCUACUGGGGAGAAUAAUUUACGAAACAAAGUUUGCAACGAUUCCCGCACUCCUGGAAAAGAUCCCAAACGAUUUUUCAAUUACCUCCUCCUUGAUCCGCGGAAGACAAACAAUCUGACAAGAAGAGUUCAGCAAAAUCCGAAUCUGUCCAGUGUCGAUAUUUUGAAAUGUUUCAUGAAAUCAAUUUUCUACGUAGGAAAAGGCACUGGUACUCGGGCGCACGCGCACAUCAAGGAAGCGAUGGACUUCAGUUCCAAGAAGCCUGGUUACAAGAUGAAACUGAAAACCAUUCAAGAGAUUUUUGCUACGCCGAGGUCGAAUGUUCAACCCAACGAGGAGCAAAACUAUGGCCUGCUGGUUUGCGAAUUCUCGAAAAAUAUUAGCAACGCUCAGGCGCUCAAUCAAGAAGCUGCUAUGAUCGAAGGAAUGGCUUCAUUUAUCUCCGUUUUUUAG